AUGCAGUCGCGUUACACAGUGAGGACUCAGCACAAGUUGACGGAGGAUUUGCUAUCCUGCUUGAGUGGUAAUAGCUGGCUCAGCGAUGAAGUCAUUCAUGCGUUUAUAAGUAUUGUUGCGGAUGGGAGCAGGUUCACACCGCUUGAUCCUUGUCUCAUACAAACACAGGACGCGUAUCGCAUUCGCGGGUAUCCGAUUACGGAUGGGGAACUGCUAUUUCCACUGCAUAUGUACGGCAAUCAUUGGUCCCUUGCCUGGCUACGGCCUGCACGUAAAACCAUAGUUUUGUAUGAUUCAAUGGGUCAUAUUUACUCGUACUCGCCGCGGCUUCUUCCACUGCAAGAACGGGCAAAGUUGGAGGCGACAUGGCGUAAGAUUACAGACAGAAGUCUUGAUGCUAUUUUGGUCGAAUCUGCUGGUGGUGUCCAUGUGCAGGAGGAUGGGCACAGUUGUGGUGUUUUCGUGUGCAUGUAUGCAGAGCGUCUCUGUAAGGAAGAACGAACAGUGCAAGAGGUUGCCACAGCUGAGUUUUUACAGGAUUAUCGGCACUACAUCAGAAAUCGCAUAGCAACUUCCGAUAUGCUUUGUAGAACAGGGGAAUUGGAUCACAAUGGAAAUUUGUCCUGCUAUGUGCCAGAAGAGAGAGCAGGUCAAGCUACAGAGCGUACGUUUGCAAUGUCAGUCCCAAAAGAGUCUUGGGUUUCGGCGCAGUGGCAGCAUAUGAGUGUCAAAAAGGAACCGGCAAAAGAAUAUAACGAUAAGGAUGUUGACAUUCGAGUCAGUGACUUGGAACCUCCAACAAAGCUAGCAAGAGUAGGAGAUGUGGAAAACGAUCAUUGCUAUACGAAACCUAAACAUAUCUCAAUGGACAAUACGUGGUUGUCGCCCUGUUCUCUUGCUGAGUUUCUUCGCUUAAAGUAUGGUAAACGUAACAAAACAGACUUCAUCGUUUUGGGAUGUGACGCAUGUCGUAAGCGAGAAAGUCACGUUUCCUCAAUCUUCAUCUUAUACCUUAAUAGGACAAAGCAACUAGGUGUCGCUAUGGUUACAAGAACGUCGCCAAGUAGAAGUCGAGGAGUUAUCCUUGAUUUUACCGCCACAAGCGUACAGAAUAAUUUCCGCCAGGAGCUGAAGAAUUUAGCGAUUGCUUACGGUUUCGAAAAUCCUAGCUUUGCACUCAUCCCUACCAUGAAAAAUUUUAGUUGGACGCAGUUUGAAGUGCAAGUGGUUGGCAUUUGCGCCUUCGUAGAAAAUCGUAUGUCAAAUCAUCCUGCUGUUGAGAUCCACCUCCCAACUGAAGACAAAAUAAGAAAAACACUGGAUGAAAUACGAUUGUUGAUGAAAGUUCCUGUCUCAUCAAGUAGGAGACGUAAGAUGCGGAACGUGAUGAUAAGAUCCAGUAAAGCAGAGAUUUUCACGCUGGGAGAAAUGAACAAAAUAUGUCCCGCAUGUGGGGCACUGCUGUUCCAGAAAGAAAGCUCUUCUAUCUGCUGCAACGACGGUGAGGUGGUUGUACCGGAAAGCAUGUUCAAUCCUCGAAGGGAUCCUUUGUUGGACUGGUUUUGGGACGCUGCUUUGCGGGAUGAAAAUCUUUUCUAUAUGAUUCGUCCUAUAAAUAAUAUGCUAGCUUGUGCCGGAUUGUGCCUAAAUUUGAGGUCAUUCAAAGGAUCUUCUGGUCAAAGACCAUUGGUGUUACAAGGCCGCUUUGAUAUAGGACUGUGUCAUUUGAAUCCGGAUUCCAAUAGAGCAUGCUUUGCACAGUUAUUUAUAGCAGACGACUUCAAGGUACAACGAUCAAUAGAGGAAACAAUGAAGUUGUGGGAUAGUAAAGUCGAAUUCACAUUGUUACGUAAGAUAAUGGAUAUACUGCGAAAGUACAAUCCCAUUGUGCAAUCAUACAUGACAAUGUAUGAGAUAUACAAGGAAGAGCUGCAAAAGCAGCACACUCAAGAAGGAGAUUCUCCAAAGGUUAUAAUGAAUAUAAAGCAAAGAAGAGAUGUUGCGCCGUCUUUAACAUCGAAUAUUCACUCAGGAAGACUCAAUGUACCUGUGUUCGAAAAUCAGAUUGCCGCCAUUUAUGUAAGUAAGGACGGUGGUAUGUUAACUCAUGAGGAACUGAACGAAGGAUUGCGAAUCAUGUCUAGGGGAGGGAAAACGAUAGCGCCACAUCACAGCUACAACAUUGAUCCGUUAACAUAUCCGUUAUACUUCGUUCGUGGAGAGCAGACAUUCGUGAAAGAAAAACUGCCAAAACGUCGUGUUAGUCAUUGUACGAUGAAAAAAAUUAGUGAAAAUGAUCCAGGACUGUUGCUGGAAGAACACUACGAAGAAGAUAAUAACGAUGAUUUUGAUGAUAGUAGGCUUGAAUCAAAGGAUGAGCGUAAGACACGAUUCGUCUCACGAAGGGAGUUCGCUCUUUACAUCCUUGCCCGUCGAGGAGAUUUACAGAAACAUCGUAUAAUUGGGACGGGAAAGCUAUACUCGCAAUACGUGCUUCACACAUUUGCAAGAAUUGAAGCCGAUAGACUAAGCAGCAUUGGAUUACAUCGUACGGAACUGAGAAGUUCGACCGCAAGCUCCUUAUUCAGAUAUCUAGACGGCAAACUGAAGGAGAAAGGAGUGAAGUUGGGAAAGCUAGUGAAUCUGCCCCAGAAAUUUGUUGGAAGCCGUAGCUGGUACCAGAAGCUUUAUAGUGAUGCCAUGGCAGUUGCCCAAAGACUAGGAAAGCCGGAUUUAUUUAUCACGUUUACAGGGAGUCAAGACUGGCCUGAGAUUAAAAAUAAUUUGCCUGGUAAAUUCGACUCAUGGAUCACGGAUCCUAUUCUGUGCUGCCGUGUAUUCUUUUUGAGACUUACAGAGCUGCUCCAUGACAUCAAGAAAAAGGAAAUUUUUGGUAAAGUGGUAGCUCUACAUGGGAGUAUAGAGUUCCAAAAAAGAGGAAUGCCUCACGCACAUCUACUCAUAACUUUGGAAAAUAAGAUUGAUACUCCAGAAAAGAUUGACUCCAUCAUAUGCGCUGAAAUUCCGGAGUAUCCUAGCGCCGAUGACCCCAAGAGAGAAGAGAAGCUUCGUUUUCACACCCUCGUAAAGAAACACAUGAUACAUGGACCCUGCUCGGAGCGACCGGAGCUUGCUUGUCGCGAAGCGGACUCUUCUAAAUGCUCAAGAGGAUACCCAAAGCGUUAUAGGGAUCACACUGAAUUAUGCAAUGGUGGUUACCCGUUGUACCGUAGAAGGAAUGACGGAAGAGUGGUUCCUGUGGGAAAGCUAGGAAAAACAUUUGCUUCCAAUAGAGAUGUCGUGCCUACAAAUCCAUACCUUUUAAUGAAGCAUGAAUGUCAUGUAAAUGUGGAGGUUUGCGCAGCAAUUCAAGCUUUCAAAUACAUAUUCAAAUAUAUCUUCAAAGGACCUGAUGCUGUUGUGUUGGAGCUCGUGCAGGACGAUGAAUUGCUGGAGAAAAGCAUGUACACGAAUGAAAAGAAUGAGAAAUUGGUGAGUAUAGAUAUGAGGGAAGUGUACAGACUGGCUAGAUACGUAUCGCAUAUCGAGGCUGCCUAUCGAAUACUACGAUAUCCCAUGCAAUAUUCGAGCCACACUGUCAUAACACUGAUGCCGCAUUUACCAAAUGAGGAGCCCAUAUACUUCAGUAAAACGCCAUGUGUGCCCAAAUCACAGAAAAGCAAAUUGUUGGCAUAUUUCGAACUUGUUGCAGUAGAUGAAAAAGCAAAAAAUAUGACAUGGGUUGAGGUCGCCGAAAAUUAUCGCUUUGUCAAGGGUAAGUAUGUUCCCUACAAGCGACAAGGACGUCGUAUAGCAAGAUUAUGCUCAGUAAACCCAAAGAUGCUUGAGUUGUAUGCUCUGCGGAAGUUGCUUCUCUACAGAAGAGGUGUUCAGUCAUUUGAGGAUCUGAGAACUCACAAUGGGAUAUUGUAUGGUACCUUUAUGGAAGCGGCGCAGGCAGCAGGAUAUACUGAGAAGAGUUCGGAAUGGGAGGAUUGCUUACGAUGCGCCUGUACCGAACAAAUGCCAUCAGCAAUAAGGAGACUUUUCGCGCAUAUUCUCCUGUAUUGCAAGCCGUCUAAUCCACUUGAAUUAUGGAAUAAGUUUAAAGCGGAUAUGAGGUCUAAGCAAUGUACGGAAGCAGUUGCGAUGGAGGACUUGAAAUCUUUGCGCCACAUUGAGCAUAUAUUGACAGCAAAUGGUAUGAAAAUGAGCGAUUGUGGACUGGACGGGAUUAUCAACAGUUUGAGCGAUGGCGUGGAAGUCCAUUCUUCGGAGGCUUUUGACGAAACUGACAGCGGCAAAGCAUACUACGAUCAACAGUCUGAAAUCGGUAUGCUCAACAGAAAACAGCAGUACGUCGUUUUGAAGGUUCUGGAAGCGGCUAAAUUGAAGAAGAGUGGUGAUAAAAAUAUGUUUUUUAUUUAUGGAAAAGCGGGAUGUGGUAAAACCUUCACGUUUAACGCGCUGAUUCGUCUGCUCAAGCACAUCGGUCUAUCCGUAAUUGCAGUGGCUUCUACGGGCAUAGCUGCAACUCUUCUCGAAAGUGGUAGUACUGCACAUAGCACCUUCUCUCUUCCCUUAGGACGUCUUUCUGCCGACACCGUCGCGAAUGUCGAUGCUUCUUCUGUCCAAGGAAUAAUGUUACGUGAUGUUGAUGUGAUUAUAUGGGAUGAGGUAUCCAUGCAAGGUCGAUUUGCGUUCGAAACUGUGGACAGGCUUCUUCGUGAUUUAGCUGCACCAGAAAAUAGGAUGAAGCCGUUUGGUGGUGUUGUGAUGGUAUUUGGAGGAGAUUGGUGUCAGUUUUUGCCUGUUCUGCCGGGAGCGACAAAGUUGGACACAAUCAACGAGACUCUGAAAGCGAGUUAUUUGUGGAAGAUGAUGCAAGUUGUUGUGCUUGAUGAGAAUAUGAGGCUUCGUCCAGGUGAGGAGAAAUAUGCUGCCUGGUUGCGUGGUGUCGGAGAGGGUGCUAACUUCACUGCGAAUGGAACAGAUGUUGAAAUACCAGCGGAGAUGUGCAUGGAAAGCGAAGAUGAGGUGAUCGAAUGGAUGUACACAGAUCAGGUACUCAGAGAUCCUAAUCUCAUAGGCAGUAUGGCGCUGCUGACUGUACGGAAUUCCGAUGCUAUUGAAUUGAAUGAGAGGGUGUUAGAAAUGAUUUCUGGUGAAGCUAUAGCGCUGUACGGAAUAGAUACUCCAAGCACGAUCAAAGGAACAAGUGAAGAUUACGAUAAAUUCUCGACGUUCGAUGCGACAGUCAUUGCGAAUCAGGAAUAUAGUGUAUUCUGA